AUGGAGGAAGAACCUAACACCACAUAUUAUACCUAUGACCAAGAUUUCUACGAGCACUUUACAUCACCAUGCAACAAGAACAAAGUCAGAAAUUUUGCAAAGCUCUUCUUUCCUUUUGCAUACUCGCUGAUAUGCGUCUUGGGUCUUGUGGGUAAUAUGUUUGUGGUGAUGACAUUUUCUUUAUAUAAGCGAUCUGUAUCUAUGACUGACAUAUGUCUCUGCAAUAUCGCUAUUGUAGACAUACUUUUUGUUCUCACUCUCCCUUUCAGGGCAGUAGAAUACGCUCUGGAUGACUGGAUCUUUGGUGAUUUCAUAUGCAAGCUCACCAGAGGUAUAUACGCAAUUAAUUUCAAUUGUGGGAUGCUACUCUUGGCCUGCAUCAGUGUGGACCGAUACAUUGCCAUUGUGCAGGCAACAAAGUUGUUUAAGUUUAGAGCAAGAACUCUAGCAUACAGUAGAGUGAUCUGUUUGGUCAUGUGGGGAUCAUCAACUUUAAUCUCCAGUGCUACUUUCAUAUUAAGUCAAAGUUACAUAAUUUCACACGGUGUGUCAAAACAUGUUUGUGAGCACAGAUCCAGUCCAGAGACGGAAGUAACAUUCAAAUUGCUUACACUAUAUCUUCAGCUUUUUUUGGGAUUUUUCAUCCCACUUCUGGUCAUGAUUUUUUGCUAUACCUUCAUUGUUAAAACUUUAUUGAAGACUCAGAAUUCCAAACGAAACAAGGCCAUACAUGUUAUAGUCUUAAUUGUGAUUGUUUUUCUGAUAUGUCAGGUUCCUUAUAAUGUGGUUCUUAUUCUGAAUGUAUCAUCAAUGGGUGAUCUGGAUAAAGACUGUGAAAGUGAAAAGAAAAUGGUUUAUGCAAAACAUUUAACAGAAACUCUAGCCUUUUUCCAUUGCUGUAUGAACCCUGUACUCUAUGCAUUUAUUGGGGUAAAGUUUAGAAAUUACUUUAUGAAAAUAAUAACAGGGUUGUGCUGUAUGAGAUACAAGCAUGGAACCACCCAUGGUUCAAGAGGAAGUUCUGAUAUUGGCCAUUCUAGACAAACAAGUGAAAUUAAUGAAUGAUUUACUAGAACUACUGUUAUGUACAACAUGAUCAGAGAGUAUCAUACCACAAAUAGAGAUUUUGACCAUACUCUUAUACACCUAGUAUGCACUUGCCCAUACAAGCUUCUGCCAUAAUAAAUCUGCUAAUUGUGAAAAUAGCAUAUCACACUUCAGGCUGUUUCAUGCUUUAAAAAAAAGACAAAUCCCUGUGUUAUUAACAGUAGGACCAGACUCCCAGGUGUGUGUCCUUUCUUUGCACUGACACAGAUCCUCUUAAUGUUCCCAAAGGGUAAAAGGUCUUUUCCACACACUGCAUUUACACCACUUGAAAGGGGGUUUCAGUCCCAUCGUUUACCAUGAAGUUUGUCUGCACUCCCCUCCUCCAAAUGUCGUUUCUUGGCCACCAUUAUUUUUAAAACUUUUUUUCAUGCAUGUGCUGCAGCAAUGAGUCAUAGCAUCACUGAUUUGUUGAACCACAAAAUAGAGUGGGGGAAAGAAAAAGGCAAUUAAAAUUGAAGAGGAGAGGAGUGAAGCAGUGAGGUGAGGAAUGAAAAAUGGCAGUGCAGGCACCAAAGGGGAGGUUUGGCAACUGCACAGGGGCAUAGAAAAUGGCUUGUCGUUUUGGUGGGAAAAAAAUAUCUCAGUAUGAUCACACUGUGAGGACAGCCAGCUCUGAAAUGUUUCAGCAAAAACAUCACUGUAAAAGUAUAUUUAGAAACAAUGGACAAAAAGGUGGCUGGAAAUGUUUUCAUAAUCAAACAGGGUGGGGGGAAGAAAUAGUGUGGAACUCCAUGGAGAAAAUGUUUUGUCCCAGAAACAAAUGAUUUGUGCAGAAAAGGCCAAAGAUUAUCAUGCUGUACAAAUGCAGGUGCCAGUAUUUAUGCCCUAUGAUAACUCCACUUCAACUGAUUAUACCAGGGGUCCUUAAUCUUUUUGAACCUGCAGGCAUCUUUGGAACACUGACAUGCCAUAAGUGGGCAAAGCCACAAAAUGGCUGCCACAAAAGUCAGAUCAGGGCAUUCGUGGGGGUGAACAUACAUUAGUUGGCUUCUACUGAUGUUCCAGCCCAGGAACACAGGACCUUUGCAUUUAUGCCGCACAGGACCUUUGCAUUUAUGCUGCACAAAAGUGUGGCAUAAGCCAUUGGCAGUAAUGGGACAAUUCAGGUGGUGGGAGGGAUUUCGAGUUUCCCUCCCUUCUGCAUCACACAAAGCCCCUUUGGAGGUGGAACAGCACUGCCUUCACCGCAUCACCUCCAGCUGCUGCAGACUCCCCUCUCCUAUGAACUGGAUUGCAUUGCAAAAGAUGAAAUGCAGAAUUAAAAAUGCUGAGCUUUUAAAGCAAUUUUGCAAUUUGCAAUAAUGUAAUUUUGCAAUUAUAAAGAACAUUUUAUAAUUAAAUCUAUUUUUUUCUUCAUGUAAUCUUAUGUUCUACAAACAUUUAUUGCAGAGUUGGGGCAGCAACCAGAAAAAUGAAGGCACAAGAGAUAAUGGACAAUUGAUAAUUACUUAAGGGUGAGGGGAAGGGACUCUGAGUUUUGCUUUAUAUGCUCAUAAACGUUUAUCAUGAAUAGGGGGAAGUCUUACAGAACCUUCUGCUUGAAUUAAGCCUGCACAUGCGCUGCUUCUGCUGCUGAGAUUAAAAGCCCUCAUGAACUGAUCACCUACAUGAUUGACUGACAGACUAAUUCUAAGUUUUUGUAUAU